GACUGUUGGUCGUCUAGGUGUUGAACUGUUGUCUUGGAAAUUGGCCAAAAACAAGAGAUAUUUUUUCAAGUCUUUAGAGAAUCUGAAGGAAAUAAGAAAUGAUGAAAUCCUUCAACUGGCACAAAUCAAAAGUGAAGAAACUGUACGACUGGCUGAGAUCAAGUCAAAAAACUUGUUAGAACAUACCAUCAUAGUAGUGAAAUUCUAUAAGAACAUCGCUGAAGAUCUCACCACUAUUGAUCGUAAAAAGAAAGAGAGUCUAUUAGAUGAAGAUGUGGAACAAAAAGAAUAUGGUGCGAAGACGACAUCAGCUGAGAACUUCAAGAAACGUUUAUUAGAUUUUGAUUAUGACUCUGAUAGCUCUAUCAACAAAGCCGAAGAUUCAAAGAAUGAGACUCUUAAUCUUAGCAAAUUUACUUUUGAUGG